AUGGAACAGACGACAAAAAUGCUGGCAACGUCGCAAGAAGGCCCCAUCCAAAGCAGCACAGAAUCCAUGUCCCAAACCCAAACAGCACCACCACCACGCAGCCCUCACGCAAAGCUCCAGCCAGGAUACCAUACCAUAUGGCAUGCUUACCAGCAAAAAGUUCUCGUCCUCAUUCUCACCCGCUCGAACCCCCCAAUCGUAGGAAAAGGACUGUCGGACUCUCGUCUUCAGUCUGAACAUGGCAAAGAGAAGAGAAAAAUAUACCCCCAAACAGCUUGUGCAAGCAAGACUCCUUCAAUCCAAGGAAGUAAUUAA